AUGGAUCUCCCCAGCCUUCGACGCAAACCAUCGUAUGGGACAAUCCUCCAAGUCCUUGAAUCUCUCCAAUUGAAGCCAACUUCUUGGGAUGAGCCUUCUGUUCCCGAAUUGGCCACAGCUGGAAGCGAUGGAUCUGCCAAUAUGUUCCUCAUAUCGGUCAUCAUGAGCGACUUCGAAUGGCUCCAAGAGCUCAAAGAUGACUCUGGCGUUGUGUUAUCAGUUGAUGAACAGAAAGAGACGUUGAUCAAGGAAGCCAGCUGUCGGAUGUCUGAGCGCUGUGGCCGAUCAGCUGCGGGAGAAAUGACUCGCACUUGGAUCAUUCCGAAGUCACUCAGCAGGCCAGAAAUAAGAUUCAAUAUUCGUGAGCCUCCACUUACAGGAGAUCAGAUAGGUCUGAAGACUUGGGGUACUUCCUAUGUUCUCGCCAAGAGGUUGGAGUAUAUCGGUUCCGAGUAUCUUGGUGCUAUGAUAGAGAGUCAAACGCCUUCUGUCCACCCAAACAUCUUAGAGCUAGGAGCUGGGACUGGCCUGGUUGGCAUGGCUGCUGCAGCAGUAUGGAAAUCGAAAGUUCUUCUUACAGAUCUUGAAGCCAUACAGCAGAACCUCAUUUUCAAUAUUGAGCAGAAUAUAUCCAUCGUUAGCUACCUGGGUGGAUGGAUCGCUGGUGGGGUUCUUGACUGGACAAAGCCUGAAGACGCUUUGCCUUCACUACAAAGCAAGAAGUUCGGGAUUGUUAUUGCAGCAGAUCCAAUGUACGAUGACGAACACCCUGAGCUGGUUGCGAAUAUGGUGAAGAGGUUCAUGGAAGACGGCUCCCAGUCAAGAGCACUGGUAGCAAUUCCUUUGCGUGAUGAACACACUAAACGCAUGGCACAUCACUUCUCUACUAUUUUGGAGAACACAGGCUUUUGUGUGGUGAACCAAGAUCAUGAAUCCUGCAGGGACGAUUGGACCUCGGCUGAAGAAGUUCAAGUCCAGUGGACAGUAUGGCGUCGCGCCGAUAAGGACAUUGAUUUUGAUGGCUCGUAUCCGUUCUGA